AUGGAAGACAAAGAAAUUCGAAGGCCUUUAGCAAAUUUGUCAAAUGUUAAUACACCACAGUCGUGCGUUGUGGAUCAAAGCAGGUUGUCGCCAAAUAUGGAAAUGCAACGUGGAUUGAUGGCAGAUUUUGAUAACGUGGUCCAUGAUACUACCUCAAAGCUGACAAUUCGUGCUGGAGGUCAUGGAAAGAUCAAGUUGGCACCUACAAAUAGUCCACCUACUGCCAUAGGGCAGUUGUUCUUUAACCAAGAUCAAAAGAGUUCACAUUUCUUGAAAAAUAUUCGGUCCUUUAACAAUAUGUUUUGCUUUACUUCCAUGGGUGGAAAAAUUGAUAGAGCAAUUAACAAUGGUAGUGCACCACCAGUCUUUAGACUACAUGGUCAAAAUUUUCACUUGAUGGGUAGUUUGCUACCAGGAGCUGGCGAUCGUCCAAAGUUUGCUCAAUUGUAUAUUCAUGAUACUGAGAAUGAGAUAAACAAUCGUCUAAGUGCACUUGGGGAAGAUGAUUCUACGACUACAUUGCAUUAUGAAAUUGUUAAAGACAUUAAGGAUGCAUUAGAUGAGAAUAAUGUUUUGGUCAAGAGUUUUCGCAUGGCAAAGAUGGAGAUGGAAAGUAAUCCUAGAAGAGAUAUUAAAAUAAAACUCAUCGGAAGGAGGAACAAAGAUGCAAGGACAUAUAACUUGCCACAGGUUGGAGAAGUGGCUGCUCUGAUUGUUGGUGAUUUAGAUCCAGACAUGGGGGAACGAGAUAUAUUGGUGGAAUCUAAAGCUGGUCAUUUUCAAAGAAUAACUGAAUUACAUCCAUCCUAUCUACCAUUGCAAUACCCAUUACUCUUUCCUUAUGGUGAAGACGGUUACAGAGAAGACAUACAGUUUAACAAUGUUGCAGGUCAGAGUUCGAAUGCAAGAAGUAAACUUAGUCCCAGGGAGUAUUUUUCAUUCCGUUUGCAAGAUAGGUUCAAUGAAAUGUCAACAUUGCUUUAUUCUAGAAGGUUGUUUCAGCAAUAUUUGGUAGAUGCUUAUACCAUGAUAGAAUCAGGACGCUUGGUUUAUAUUAGGACUCAUCAAAAGUCACUGCGAUGUGAAUCAUAUAAAUGUUUGACAGAUGCGUUAACACGUGGUGAAGUAGAUCCUACAGCCCAAGGAAAGCGUAUCAUUUUGCCAUCGAGUUUUACCGGAGGAGCAAGAUAUAUGUUGCAAAAUUAUCAAGAUGCAAUGGCAAUUUGUAGAUGGAUUGGUUAUCCAAGUCUAUUUAUUACAUUCACAUGUAAUCCCAAGUGGCCUGAGAUUGAAAGGUUUUUACAACCAAGGAAACUCAAAUCUGAAGAUAGACUGGAUAUUAUUUGCCGUGUGUUUAAAAUGAAAUUAAAUGCACUGAUAAAAGAGAUCCAGAAAGAGAACAUCUUUGGAGUUGUUGAUGCAGACAUUGAUAUGAUAAUAUCUGCUGAGAUUCCAAGUGAAUUGUGCGAUCCAGAAUAUUACAAAGCUGUGGAAGAAUUUAUGAUUCAUGGUCCAUGUGGUGCAGCGAGGAAGAAUUCACCUUGCAUGGUAAAUGGUAAGUGCUCUAAAUUCUACCCGAAAAAAUUUGUUGAAAGCUCUACAGUGGAUUUUGAUGGAUAUCCAAUAUAUCGCCGUAGAGAUAAUGGUCGUACAAUAAGGAAAAAUGGAAUUGCCCUUGAUAGUAGAUAUGUAGUUCCACACAAUAGACAUUUGCUGAUUAAGUACAAGGCUCAUAUUAAUGUGGAGUGGUGCAACCAAUCUAGAUCAAUAAAGUACUUAUUCAAGUACGUGAACAAGGGUAAUGACAGGGUCACAGCUGAAUUUUACAAUAGUGCGGUUGAAGAAUCUACUGGAAAGGUUAUAGAUGAAAUCAAGAUGUACUAUGACUGUAGAUAUAUUUCGCCGUGUGAGGCCGCUUGGAGGAUAUUUGCAUUUGACAUACAAUUUAGGAAUCCAUCUGUUGAGCGUUUGAGUUUCCAUCUUCCAAAUGAGCAUUCAGUAAUAUUUCAGGAUGAUGAUUUGGUGGAUGAUGUUGUAAAUCGACCAACAGUAGCACAAAGCAUGUUCACUGCAUGGUUAUAG